GUAAGAAAUGAAGUCAAACCAAACAAAACACAAGAAAGAGAGAAAAAUUUGACAGAAUCAAUUUCCGGAUCCAUCAUCCAUGGCUACCACCUCAUCAGAUGAGAAGCAAGUGAUGAUUGUGGCAGUUGAUGACAGUGAGCACAGCAGCUACGCUCUCCAAUGGACUCUCGAUCACUUCUUCACGACUCUCCCCAAUCCCAUCUUCAAACUUGUCCUUCUUCAUGCCAAGCCUUCUGCUACCUCUGCCGUUGGCCUUGCCGGCCCCGCGUAUGUAGGAGCUGCUGAGGUUCUUCCCAUUGUGGACUCUGACUUGAGGAAGAUUGCUGCCAGAGUUGUUGACAAUGCCAAGCAGAUUUGCUCCAAGAGAUCCGUAACUGAUGUGAUUACAGAAGUGGUCGAAGGUGAUCCUAGAAAUGUUCUUUGUGAUGCUGUGGAGAAGUACCAUGCUUCAAUACUAGUUGUGGGAAGUCAUGGUUAUGGUGCUAUAAAAAGGGCAGUUUUAGGUAGUGUAAGUGACUAUUGUGCUCAUCAUGCUCACUGCACUGUGAUGAUUGUGAAGAGGCCAAAGACCAAACACUGAUCUAUACAUUGGCUACACUGCAUCUAUAUAUACUACAGCAAUAAACACAAUCCUUUCAGCAAAAGGAGGAAAAAAAGAAAAAAGAAAAAACAAAGAACCUAUGUUCUUGGAAAAUUCACAACUAUGUUGUUGAUCUGAUACAAAUUGACAUUAUAGUUUAUAUUAUGUUAAGCUGCAGUUUACUUUCAAAGUUGGAAACAUAAAGAACAAUAUUGGAUUGCUUCCCUUUUACCCUCUGUCAUGUACAUGAGAAAUUAUUACUGGAUUAAUGAAUCUGAAGUUAUUGUUC